AUGAAUCCUCAAAUGGAUAUUGUCACAAUCUUCAACAACGUUAUAUCAGAAAUUGAUAAUGAUUCUUCUCGUAUCCAAUUCUUAACUUUCACUGCAAUUCAGAGUAUCGCACGAGCACAAGAAAUUGUGGAUAUUAUCAAUACCUCAUUACUUCGAUUUGGUCAUAGCCCAGAACAACAGGUAUAUGUUUUACAAAUCAACCCACCUGAACCAAUUAUUCAACCACCACCACAACAGUAUUACCAACAAAUCCCACCACAACAACUACAACAAUUACCACAACCACCAGCUCAAUAUCAACAAUACCUAAGUCAACAACCAAUGAAAAGAGAACCAGAGGGUUUCAAUCAAGCAACAAUGCCACCACAAAAAAGGAUGGUUAAUCUUUACGAAAACCCUGAACUACCCUCUAUUGGCAUUGAUGAAGAAAUAGCAACAAACCCAUAUAUUCAAAGUGUUGUUGAACAACGUCCAGAACCUCCAAUAGAACCAACACCGAAUGUAAAUGAAGUUGAUGCUAUUGAUUUAAUGAAAAGUUCGAAUAACCAAGAGCCAAAAGAAGUACAGCUUGAACCAAUCUCAGAGCCUAUUCAAAAAACAACUACAAUCACAAGAAAAUAUAAUUUAGACCCUCAAUGUGAUAUUUGUGGAGUUCAUUGUCAUAAUAUCGACCAACAUAAACAAUGGCAUCAACGAUGUGAUUCCCUAAAAGAUGGUAUUAGUAGAGAUUGGUAUGUAUCGUCCAAUACUUGGAUUACUGAACCUAUUUCAGAACAUGCAACUAUUCAAGCUUUUGCUGCAGAUAAAGAAGAAGAAGCAAAAGCACCACAAAAGGUUGAAGAGAUUCCUGAACAGUCACAAGUUGUUUUAUAUCCAAUUGAUGAACAUUCAAUGAACUGUGAUAUUUGUAAGGAGAAAUUUGAAAUAUCCGAUGAUGGGUUACAUUUCAAGAAUGUUAUUGCAGGCAAAAAUGGUAAAUUAGUACAUAAAGAAUGUGCUGAACAUGUUUAA